GUCGUCAGCCUAAGCAACUGUGAUAUUUCCUCACUCAAACAGUCGCACUGCUUCUUUCUGUUUGUUUCUCGGGAAUUCAUUUUUUAUUUUGCAGGAAGAUUAUCAUGGAUCUCGAUCUUUCCCCUAAGUUGCCCAAGAAGGUCUAUGGUGACAUUGGAGGCAGUUACCACUCCUGGUGCCCGCAGGAGUUGCCCAUGCUGCGUGAGGGAAACAUUGGUGCAGCCAAGCUCGUCCUUGAGACGAACGGAUUCGCCCUUCCUCGAUACUCCGAUUCUUCAAAGGUCGCUUAUGUUCUUCAAGGGAAUGGCGUGGCUGGAAUUGUCCCUCCUGAACAGGAAGAGAAAGUGAUUGAAAUUAAGAAGGGUGAUGCUAUUGCUCUUCCUUUCGGUGUUGUGACAUGGUGGUAUAACAAGGAGGACACUGAGCUGGUGGUUCUUUUCCUGGGUGAAACUUCUAAGGCCCACAAAGCUGGUCAAUUCACUGAAUUCUUCUUGACAGGUGCCAAUGGCAUCUUCACUGGGUUCUCAACUGAGUUUGUGAAGCGAGCAUGGGACCUCCCAGAUGAUGCUGUCAACUCACUUGUUGAACAGCAAAAGGGCAAGGGUAUUGUCAAGCUUGAUGCCAACUUCAAGAUGCCUGAGCCAAAGAAGGAGCACCGCCAAGGAAUGGCACUCAACUGCUUGGAAGCUCCAUUAGAUGUUGACAUCAAGAAGGGUGGAAGGGUGGUGGUCUUGAAUACCAAGAACCUUCCUUUGGUUGGGCAGGUUGGGUUAGGUGCUGACCUUGUUAGGUUGGAUGGAAGUGCCAUGUGUUCCCCUGGUUUCUCCUGUGACUCAGCUCUCCAGGUGACAUACAUUGUCCGGGGCAGUGGCCGUGUUCAAGUUGUUGGUGUUGAUGGACGUAGGGUUCUUGAAACCACCGUGAAGGCUGGUUAUCUAUUCAUUGUUCCAAGGUUUUUUGUGGUUUCAAAGAUUGCUGACCCCGAUGGCAUGGAAUGGUUCUCCAUCAUCAGCACUCCUGAUCCUAUAUUCACUCAUUUGGCUGGAAGAACUUCAGUCUGGAAGUCUCUGUCUCCUGAGGUGCUUACAGCAGCUUUUGGGGUUGCUCCUGAAGUAGAAAAGCUCUUCCGUUCAAAGAGGACCUCCGAUGCCAUUUUCUUUCCUCCCAAUUAAGGGACUGGAGUCUUCUGUUUUCUAGUUGUUGUUCCAAUAAAAGGUUUAGAGAAUUUAGUUUCAACUUUUAAGCACUCUGUAGAUAUUUUAUCUACUACCUUCCACGUAGAUCAAUGUUCCGUUUGGACCAAUUUCAUAGGGGUUAAAGAGUUGUCAAUCGAAGAAUUAUCAUCAAUAAAAUUUGCUCUUAAGU